ACCAGAAGAUCCAUCCAUCCCCUUCUCGCUUCUCACUCCCACUUCUGGCUGCCACUCUCCUCUCCUGCGCCUCGCCCUCGUCUCUCCCGUCCAAGCGAAGCAUCGCCGGCGUCUGAGCCUCUCCUCGCCACCAAGCCGCCAGGGUCUCCUUAAUCCGCCACUGCGGUGCCGCAGAUCCAUCGUGUGCGACCUAGGUCCAGAUCCACGACGCCGACCAAAUAAUUAGUCCACUGUUCACCGCCCGCCUCGCGGCGCACGCGUCGCCGGCGCCAGAGCUCCCACCCCCCUUCGCCUCACCUGCCGAGGCGCCGGGGUUACUUCACCACCGCCACAGCCGCGGCCGGAUCCAUCUUUUGAGGGUUCAGAACUUCAGAUCGACGACGCGGAGAAGAGGAAGUAAAUCACUGUUCACCGUCAGUGCGCUUGGCCGACACUGUGUACCAAGCGAGGUGGCUCUGAGAUUCAGGGUUCAGAUCGACAACACGGAGAAUAAAUCAAAUCCACUGUCCACUUGCACUGCGAAUCGAGCGAACUGCGGCGCUGGUCUGCACGACAAAUCAGCUUGUCGAUUUGUAGCUGGCUGUUUACUGUCAGUGCAUUCAGCAACUGAGCUCCACGAACUGUUGACUGGCCAAGCUCUGAGAUAGCAUGGCCAUGGAGGCUGCACUCGUCAGCGUGGCCACGGGAGUCCUCAAACCGGUCAUAGGGAAGCUGACCGUUCUGCUCGGCAAUGAGUACAAGCGGUUCAAGACAGUUCGCAAGGAGAUCAAGUCUCUCACUAAUGAGCUUGCCGCCAUGGAGGCUUUUCUCCUCAAGAUGUCGGAGGAGGAGGAUCCCGAUUUGCAGGAUAAAGUUUGGAUGAAUGAGGUGCGGGAACUGUCCUAUGACAUGGAGGACGCCAUCGAUGACUUCAUGCAGAGCAUCGGUGACAAAGACGAAAAGCCAGAUGGCUUCAUUGAGAAAAUCAAGAACACACUAGGGAACUUGGGGAAGAUGAAGGCUCGCCGUCGGAUCGGUAAGGAGAUCCAGGAUCUGAAGAAACAAAUCAAAGAGGUGGGUGAGAGGAAUGCAAGGUACAAGGGUCGUGAGACCUUCUCCAAGACGGUCAAUGCGACUGUUGAUCCUAGAGCUCUUGCUAUAUUUGAGCAUGCAUCGAAGCUCGUUGGAAUCGAUAAGCCCAAGGCUGAGAUAAUCAAGCUGUUAACAGAAGAGGAUGUUCGUGCUUCAGAGCAACAACAACAACAACAACCGAAGAUAGUCUCUAUUGUUGGAUCUGGAGGUAUGGGCAAAACAACUCUUGCAAACCAAGUGUAUCAAGAGAUCAAAGGGCAAUUCGAGUGCUGGGCCUUCUUAUCCGUGUCGCGAAGCCCGGACAUGAUGAAUAUUCUGAGGACUAUUCUUAGUGAAGUUAGCGGUCAAGGUUAUUCUAACACGGAAGCAGGGAGUGUACCAAUACUCAUUAGCAAGAUCAAUGACUUCCUACUAGAUAAAAGGUACUUUGUUGUUGUUGACGAUAUAUGGGAUGUGGAUACCUGGGAUAUUAUUAAGUGUGCAUUCCCUGCUACAAGUUCUACCAGUAGAAUAAUCACGACUACUCGUAUAAACAAUGUCGCUCAUUCAUGUUGCUCGUCAUUCAAUGGUUGUGUUUACAAUAUAAGGGCUCUUGAUAUGGUGCACUCAAGACAGUUAUUUUACAGAAGGUUAUUCAGGUCUGAUGAAGAUUGCCCUUCAUACCUUCAAGAAAUUUCUGAGCAGAUAUUGGAAAAAUGCCAUGGGUUACCUUUGGCGAUCAUUGCUAUAUCUGGUUUGUUGGCUAACACAGAAAAAACAGAAGUUCUAUGGAAUCAAGUGAAAGAUUCAAUUGGUCGUGCACUUGAAAGGAAUCCUAGCGUCGAAGGAAUGAUGAAGAUAUUGUCACUUAGUUAUUUUGAUCUGCCUCCUUAUUUAAAAACUUGCCUCUUAUACCUGAGCAUGUAUCUAGAAGAUUCUACUAUUGAGAAGGAGGACCUGAUAAGAAGAUGGGUUGCUGAAGGAUUCAUUCAUAGAGAAGGAAGAUACACGGCAUACGAGUUUGGAGAAAAGUGUUUCAAUGAACUACUCAAUAGGGGUUUGAUCCAACCUGGGGAGUCAGAUAUCUAUCGCGAAGUGAAGAGUUGUCGAGUUCAUGACACAAUUCUUGAUUUCGUCAUAUCCAAGUCUAUAGAAGAGAACUUUGUUACUAUACUUGGGGUUCCCACUCUGACAAUUAGGAACCAAAGCAAAGUUGUUCGCCGACUCUGUGUACAAGGUGUCGAGAAAGGAAAUUCAGCAGUAUUGAUAGAAGAUCUCGUGUUUUCCCAUGUCCGAUCACUUACUAUGGUUAGGGGUCUGUUGGAAAUCCCUUCUUUGGAGGAGUUCAGACAUCUACAUGUUCUUGACUUGAUGGGUUGCUUCGAAUGGGAAGAUCAUCAUCUUGAAAAUAUAGUGAGGUUGUUCCAGCUGAGGUACCUGAACCUCCAAGGUACAAGAAUAAGCAAGCUCCCGGAACAAAUCGGGCGUUUAGGGUGCUUAGAGAUUCUUGACCUAAGACGCACUCAUGUAAGGGAAUUGCCUGCAUCAGUUGUUAAUCUCAGAAAAUUGAUGCAUCUACUUGUUGAGGGUCUUGUUAAAUUUCCUGAUGGGAUUGCAAAGAUGCAAGCACUAGAGACGCUGAAAGAUGUCAAUGCCUCCAUUCAGCCAUUAGACUUCCUGUGCGGCCUUGGUCAACUAAUGAAUUUGCGGAAUCUGCGGAUUCACCUUGAUUUUGAAGUUGAUCCUGACACUGAGGGUAGAAAUAUGGUUGGGGAGGAGCACGAGAAAGCUCUUGUCUCCUCCCUGUGUAAGCUAGGCACCCAGAAUCUCGGCUCCCUGACUAUUUAUGGAUGGGGCAACCUCUUACAUGAGGAAUCUUUGUGCCUGCCUACCCUCAAGGACCUUACUAUCAGUGAUCUUCCGGCCUCCUGGCAGGUUUCGACAUGUAUGGGCUCCCUCAGAAAUCUCCAACGGCUAUGCCUUUCUGUUGAGGUGCUCAAGCAGGGCGACCUCUGCACCCUUGGGGCUUUACCCAGUCUGCUCGUUCUGUAUCUGGUGGGAAAAACAGAGUCAAACGGAAAGCUCAGAAUCACUGGUGAAGUUGGGUUCCGAUUCUUGAAGAUUUUUAUUUAUGCUGGAUGUUGUAAACCAGUAGAUCUGAUGUUUGGGACAGGGUCCAUGCCAAAGCUGGAAAAACUCGAGUUUAAUUAUAUUUGCUUAGUUGAAGCUAACUCUCUGGGCUUUGGAAUUGAGAACCUCCCUUGCCUCACUAGUGUCAAAUGCAUUACGGUUUGGGGUGAUGAUGGCAUUGUUGAAGCCGUGAAGACUGCCAUGGAGAGAGCAGCCAGCGCACAUCUUAACCACCCUAGUCUACUCUUUCAGAGAUUUCGCCCCUGUUAUUCUUGAUGACUGUUGCUAGCUACUGUCCAGAUGCUUCCGUAGCAGUCUGCGAUGAUUGCGUCUAAUAAAACUAGGGGCCCCUCGCAAACAUCAAUGGAGCCGAGCAUGUGUGAACAAGUUCUAGCUUAAUUAAGCAGCUGGCAGGUCCUCUGCAUCUCUGCCGUGGCGCUGGGCCGUCGACUUAAUUUUCAGAGAAUUCGGACCCAUCCCGAAUUCAGUGAAUGCGGCUCCAUCACUCGUCAACUUGUGAAUGGGCACUUGUACCAAAUUCAGUAGCAGAUUGGGUCCUUGCUGAUAAUGGACACCAACACAACACUCUCUUGUUGAAUGGGCUAAAGAGGUGCCGCUGCAUUGGACACUGCAUAAGCAUUAUGUCACCAAGCCAAAAAACAGGAACAUCACCAAGCAUGAGAGUGUUGCAGGCUCCUGCUCCUCAUCCGGCUCUGAAAACAACUUUCAGAGUUUUCAGAUACACACUUUUCAGUUGACUUGCCGUUUCUGCUUGUUUUCAUGAUGAGUGGUUCGUGGGAGGGGAUCAACUAUGCCUUGCCCUGCUCUGCAGCUGCUUCAUUGUUACUGAGAUGCAAGCACUGCUGCUGUUUUGAAAUCGGCUAUUACCCUACUGCCGUUCGAGAAAGCUAGUAUUUAACAUGCGAAGUGUAAUAGCAUCCGGAAUGUUAUUUUCCUUCCUCCUUUCUUCAGUGAUAUAUCUUUGUGAUGUUGAAAAUGGACGAAGAUGACGCCGAUGGAUUUGGGCAUCGAAACCGCCACCAGAUGUCCUCGAAGAUCGCCAAGGUGUUGUGCAUCGAAAUCACCACAAUCCGUCCUGGAAGAUUGACAAGGACGAGUAGGCAGUUAAUGCAUUGCCAGAUCUCUCCGGAGGACAAUUUUACCCUGAUUAAUUUGGAAGUACAUCAGAGUUGUUGGUUGCUGCUCCUGCUCCUGCUCCUGCUCCUUUUACAUGCACACACCAAUAUGCUGCACCGUAUGUCUUCAGCAGAAGCUGUAGCGUUCUGCCUUGUUUCAGACAGUCUUUCGCUGUGAUGUGUGAACUACGUGUUUUUGCGCUCUGUGCGUAUGUUCAGUUGGUCUUCAGCUGUUAUUGAUCCACAAAAUUCUCUCCCCUUUUUAACGGAAAAAACAGAACAUUAUGAAAUUA